GGAGCGCAGAUGAGAACGCACUCAAUCAAUGGCAUGGUGCGGACGACGGAAUGACGGUGACAUACAAAAGCAAAAAAAUGACACUGAAAACAAACGAUUCGGAUCUCCAGUGGGCCACAACAUUCGCCGAGACUUGUAAAGAUAUGAGACCGUACCUGGACGCCUAUCUGCACAUCGCCUACUCCGGAAGCAACAAGUUUAGCAUCGCACUGCAGCAGCAUAACGUCAAAUGUGACAACGACGCCCAGCCGUGGCCAGAGACCUGGGACUCGCUCGAAGCCGCUCGAUAUGGGAACGAGUCCGAUAUUUACAUCCCCAUGAACCACUUCAACAUCAACCACACGCGCGCCAUCGGCUUCGCGCUGAAGGGAUUCUACAGUACGACCCCAACCGUUUUUUCGACAAUCGAAAUUGUUUCCCAAGUUCCCAAGGGCUGGACGGUGGCGUCGAAGUUGCCGUCGGGGAAUUUCGUGUUCGCGUGCAAGCGGCCCAACUCGUUCGCUUUUGCCAUCGAUGAUGGGGACCCCCAGUUCGCCCAACAAGUGAUGCAGACGGUCAAAGAAGAAAAUAUCACCGUCACCUUCUUCACUGUUGGCGCUCCGCUGCAAGACCCCUCGACGAACUUGAGCAGUGUAUAUCAAGAGAUGGCUGCCCACGGCCACCAGAUUGCUAUGCACAGCUAUACUCAUCCGCCGCUCGAAGGGCUAGAGGACGAAGCAUCGAUCGACUGGGAGUACAACAACAUGAUCCGAGCAGUUUCUGACACGUUCAACGGGAUGCACACGCCGUACUUCAGGCCUCCUUUUGGAACCGAGGGUGCUCGCAUGCGACAAAGGCUUGCAGCCGUCAUCGAUAAUCCAUACAUUGUGCAGUGGAGUGUCGAUGUCGAGGAUUGGAUGUGGGCAGAGUCGAAAACCCCCGAAAAGCAGCUGGAUGCUUUCAAAAGAGAUGUUUCGAAAGGCGGAAGUCUUGUGGUGAUGCACUACCUCUAUCCUUCCACAGUCGGCUAUCUGAAGCAAUUUAUCCAGAUAGCGAAGGCUACAGGGAAGCAACUGAUGCGCGUGGAUCAGUGUAUGAUGGACCCGAACGCGCCCCCACUGCCGUAACACGAGAUGGAGCCAGAGCUUCGGAGGCGGCGCCAUGCAUACGUAGGGGGGUGCUUCAGAAGCGAAGUGUGAUAGCUUGAACACGAAUUCUUUUGUGCUAAUAAUGAUGCGCCAAAGUAUUCUUGCUGGUAAUAAUGAUCAUGCCCAUUGGCCCCCUUCUCCAGGCCACGAUAAUGGGUCGCUAAAACGGGAGUCUCCCA